AUGAAGCUGCGUAAGGCGCAGUACGAGGGCGAUCGGAAGAUGGUGCUCUACGCGGAGCGGGCAAAUGGUAUGGAUAGCAUGGUGUGGUCGUCGGCGUGGGUGGGUUUCGAGAAUCGGCUGCGAAUAGCGGAACUAGGCCGACCGGUUCUCUCCCGCCAGGUGAUCCCGCACGUACGCCGCGUGCUCGACUUCUACCGCGUUGGCACUCGACAAGAUGCUGCCGUUCUUCUUGCCGGUGCGCGGGGUGAUGCUUACGUCGUUGUUUGCCGCGGCACGGUCGUUACUGUUGCGGAGGAGUUCGGCUUCGUAUUUGGAGAGUCGAUCUCCGGCUGCCCUUUGGAGUUAGACGGUGAAUUUUGCCUCUGGCCGCCAGAGCUUAAUCCUCUAGAGCUGGGCGCGGAGGGUGUCAGAGACGAGGUGGAUGUAGAUAGCAGAGACUUGUCGGCGGCGUACUUCAUACGCUUGUAG